CACCUGAUCUCUCCCCCCAAGGUCAACACUGCAGGCCAGCCAGCCUGAGGCCAGUGACAUGUGACCAGUGAAUGGCCCCUUGCACUGUCCCGGAACCCAAUGAGGUGCUAGAGGAGGUGGCCCUGGGGUCAGAGGUAGCAGCUCAGGCAGGCCCUGGCUGUUCAGUCUCUCCCUGACCUCCCCGUGGAGCCGGCUUCUGCCCCAACCUUCUCCAGACAUGUCCAGCCUCCAGGUCCUCUGCUCUGGGUUGCCCCUGAACCCCCUUCCGGAGAACCGGGGGCGCUGGGCUGGAGUGCCCCAUGCCCCAGUCAGGACCCCUGGCUUGAGCCCUGCAGAGGAGCAGCUGGCACUGAGGAAUGCUCUGCGCUACUUCCCCCCGGACAUCCAGGAGCUGCUGGCCCCUGAGUUUGCCCAGGAGCUGCAUCUGUAUGGGCACAUCUACAUGUACCGGUUUUGCCCCAGCAUUGAGAUGAGGGCCUACCCGAUCGAGCAGUACCCCUGCCAGACCCAAGCAGCUGCCGCCAUUAUGCACAUGAUCAUGAACAACCUGAAUCCUGCCGUGGCCCAGUUUCCUCAGGAGCUGGUAACCUACGGAGGAAAUGGGCAGGUGUUCAGCAACUGGGCUCAGUUCUGGUUGGUCAUGUCCUACCUGUCGCAGAUGACGGAGGAGCAGACCUUGGUCAUGUACAGUGGACAUCCGCUUGGUCUCUUCCCCAGCAGCCCCAGCGCCCCGCGGUUGGUCAUCACCAAUGGAAUGGUCAUUCCCAACUACUCCUCCAGGACAGAGUAUGAGAAGCUCUUCGCCUUGGGGGUCACAAUGUAUGGCCAGAUGACGGCAGGCAGCUACUGUUACAUCGGUCCCCAAGGCAUCGUCCACGGCACGGUGCUCACCGUGCUGAACGCAGGACGUCGGUACCUGGGUGUCGAGGACCUGGCUGGGAAGGUGUUUGUCACCUCUGGACUUGGCGGGAUGAGCGGGGCUCAGGCCAAGGCCGCGGCCAUCGUGGGGUGCAUUGCGGUGAUAGCAGAGGUGGAUGAGGCAGCCCUCAAGAAACGCCACCAGCAAGGCUGGCUGAUGGAGGUGACCAGUAGUCUGGACCACUGCAUUGCGAGACUCAGGGAAGCCCGGAAAAAGAAGGAAGUGCUCAGCCUCGGUUACCAUGGCAACGUGGUGGACCUUUGGGAGCGCUUGGUCCACGAACUGGACACAACGGGGGAGCUUCUGGUAGACCUGGGCUCUGACCAGACAUCCUGCCACAACCCCUUCAACGGCGGUUACUACCCUGUGCAGCUCAGCUUCACAGAGGCCCAGAGCCUCAUGGCCUCCAACCCUGCUGCGUUCAAGGACCUGGUGCAGGAGAGCCUGAGGAGGCAAGUCUCAGCCAUCAACAGGUUGGCAGAGAAGAACUUUUUCUUUUGGGACUAUGGCAAUGCCUUCCUCCUGGAGGCCCAGAGAGCAGGAGCUGAUGUGGAGAAAAAAGGUGCCAACAAGACAGAAUUCCGCUACCCCUCGUACGUCCAGCACAUUAUGGGGGACAUAUUCUCCCAGGGAUUCGGGCCUUUCCGCUGGGUGUGCACGUCGGGGGACCCCCGGGACCUGGCUGUCACGGACCAGCUGGCCGCGUCGGUGCUGGAGGAGGCCAUUGCUGCUGGAGUGAACAUCUCCGUGAAGCAGCAGUAUAAGGACAAUAUCCGCUGGAUCCGAGAGGCCGCCAAGCACCAGCUGGUGGUGGGCUCCCAGGCAAGGAUCCUGUACUCGGACCAGAAGGGCCGUGUGGCCAUCGCCGUGGCCAUUAACCGAGCCAUUGCCAGCAGGAAGAUCAAGGCGCCCGUGGUCCUGAGCCGAGACCACCACGAUGUGAGUGGCACAGACAGCCCUUUUAGGGAGACCUCCAACAUUUACGACGGCUCCGCCUUCUGUGCAGACAUGGCCGUGCAGAACUUUGUAGGAGAUGCCUUCCGCGGAGCCACCUGGGUGGCGCUUCACAACGGAGGGGGCGUGGGCUGGGGCGAGGUGAUCAACGGGGGAUUUGGUCUCGUACUGGAUGGAACCCAGGAGGCCGAGCAGAAAGCCAAGAAGAUGCUCAACUGGGAUGUCUCCAAUGGUGUGGCCCGGCGCUGUUGGUCCGGAAACCGGAAGGCCUACGAGAUCAUCUGCCAGACGAUGCGGGAGAACAAGGGCUUGAUGGUGACGCUUCCCCAUGAGGUGGCUGACGAGCGUGUGCUCCAGAAGGCCUUGUCGUCGUGAGCAGGACCGGAGAGCCGACGUGGUCUCCCCACCCCUCCAUCCCCAUCCUCACCCUCACAGCCACACCCUGCCUUCCACCACACGCCUUGGCUCCUUGGCUUGCCCAUGAGGUGGGCAGGCACACGUUGUACAGGAUGAGUAGCCCCAGCUCUGUCAGGCACUCUGGGGCCCUCAAUAGCCACCCUGGAGGUGCGUAGCACUGCCGGGCCAUUUACAGAUGAGCCAGCUGAGGCUCGGAGAGGUGAAGCCCUUUGGCCAUGACAACACAGUUGAGAUGGGAACUCUUGUGGGGGUGGAGGUUAAGUCUUGUUUGUGGCCGAAUUUUCAAGCCUGCUUCGGAGUUGACUCAGGAGAUUUUGCUGAGCAUGGAAUGAAUAUUGGUUGAGUGUAAUAAAUAAAACCAGGUCUCUUCUAA